ACCCCUUACUUGGGCUAUGGAAGUAAUAUGUGGAAGGAGCAAAUGGCUCUCCGAUGUCCCGCGUCCCCUUUCAUGGGCGUCGGCCGUUUUCGCGGCUACAAAUGGUUCAUCAACGCUCGUGGAUACGCCAACAUUGUCCCGGUUACUGUGACUCCUGACCCCAAGCCCGGCACCAGAACUAGUAACGACGACUAUGCGAACCAAGUCUGGGGCCUCGUAUACAACCUUUCCCCCGAGGACGAGGCCCAGCUCGACAUCAACGAGGGCGUGCCCUACGCCUACGAGAAGCGCAUGCUCGAGGCUGAGUUCUGGCCUGCUGUUGGUCAUAAGUCUAGUACUAGGCUCUGGGCCAGGAGGACUCGGAGCAAAUGUCAGAAGAAGACGCUGCUGCCCGUGCUGGUGUACAUUGACUUCCAGCGGGCCGACGACCACAACCACGACCACGAAGGACAGCAGCACCUCCCAGGGGACGAGUACGUGUAUCGGAUGAAUAGGGGGAUCAAGGACGCGCUAAGGGAGGGGGUUCCAGGGGGAUAUGUCGAGAAAGUGCUGAGGCGGGACAUACCCCCGCGCGAGAACGAGGAGGAGGACGAG